AUGAAAACUAGAAUAUUUCUUUUCCUAGUAGUAGUAUUAACAAUAACAAUCCAAGUUGUUUAUUCUAUAGAAGGAGGAGGAGGAGAUUGUGAACUUAUUACAGAUGAAAUUCAAUGUAAUUUAGUUUAUCCAGAAUGUAGAUAUUUAACAUAUAAUUCAUGUUGUGGAAAGACAAAAUCAUUUUGUGUAAACAAUGAUCAAGCCGGUUGUUCAAAUAACCAACACGAUUUGAAAUGUAUGCAACAUAUAGAGUCUGGAGAGAUUUACGAGAUUUGGAGUAGUUGUUCACCAUCAAAUGGAUUGGUUGCAUUUGUCAAACCAAAUGCAACCAGUUGUGACCAAUUGAAUUGCCUACAACGUGGCAAGGAAUGUGUUUGGGUUGAACCUCCUUGCCACCAUACCUCUUGUUGUCGACAGUACCCCAUUUGUGAGGGUGACGACGAUCCCAUUUUUCAUAUCAGCAACAACAAGCUUCUUAUUGGUGACUCUUCUAGACUGCAAUUGGCAGACAAGUGUAAUACAAAAACAGAGAAAAAACCAGCCAACAUAAAUGCAAUCAAACCUCCCUCUACCCAAGCAUUGUCAACUGCAGCAUCACCACGUGGUGUUAAUAAUAAUAAUCAAAAAGCAUGUCCAGAAACAAAAGAUGCAUGUCAACAAUUUUGGCCACAAUGUAAAUGGAUGUCGUAUCAAUCGUGUUGUGGUAAAACCUAUUCCACUUGCAUGUCUGAUCCAAACAACCAAUGUACAGGUGCAAGUACUUUGGCUUGUUUGGAAAAUGAAAAGGAUGGCGAAAUCUAUGAAAUUUGGUCCAUCUGUCAACCUACCAAAGGUUUUAAACCUUUUAUUAAACCAAAUGUAACAUCAUGUGAUCAAUUAAAUUGUGAAGCAGCAGAUCAAAUGUGUAUGUGGAAAUCUACAACAAAAUGUUUGGGUACUUCAUGUUGUCAAGUUCAUCCAGUUUGUGUAGAUAUUGAAGAGUUUAUUUCUACUUCUGGUGGUUCUUCUAGUGAGCUAGAUUCUGAUUCUUCUUCUUGUGAAAAAUCAUCUACUACUGGUGGUGCAAGUGGAACUACUACAACUGGCACUACAAGUGGUACUACAAGUGGUACUACAGGUGGAUCGGAAGCUGAUAGCCAUAGUUGCCCUAUUGAUACAACAGAGGAAUCACAUCUAAAACCAAGUACUGGUGGUACAACAACGGAUACACCUACUACUAGUGGAACAAGUACUACUGAUACCCCCACUACUACAACAACAACAACAUCAUCAUCAUCAUCAUCAACUACAACAACUACUACUACUAGUGGAACAAGUACUACUGAUACACCUACAUCAACAUCAACAACAACUACCACCACCUCUACUCCUACUACUACUGAUGCACCUACAUCAUCAUCAUCAUCAUCAUCAACUACAACUACUACUACGAGUGGAACAAGUACUACUGAUACCCCUACAACGACAACUACUAGUUCAACUGGUGCACCAGCUACAACUACAACUACAACUACUACAACUACUGCACCAGUUUGUGUUCCACCACAACCACCACCACCAAGUCAAGGCAGUGCCGUUGCUGCUGGUGAUUCAAUCAAGUCAGUGUCAUCUACUAAAUUUAUAAACAUUCCAUUGUCAAUGUACGAUGAUUUGGUGAAACAAUAUAGAUCAACUACAACGGGAGGCGCAGGACAAGAGGGUCUUUUGAAAGAGAUCCAAGGACUUCAAUCAAAGGUAACCGAACAAUUACAACAAAGCAAUCUACAAUCGUUAUCGACACCGCAACAACAGAAUGACCAAACACAAGACAAUUUCGAAUUGUUAAUGGAUCAAGAUGACCACAUUUUCAGUCCAAAAGAAGCUGCUGAACAUUAG